AUGGCCGUAGCUGAAGAGAAGACCAUAUCCAGAUCCUCACAUGUCGCUGAUCCCGCGCUCGCACCGUUCUUGGAGUACAAAUUCGACCCCGCCGAGUACCUCAAUGCAACUUUACCUGCACUGUCGCUAUCUUCCGCAUCGGCCCGUCCUUUGAAGUCAGCGAAUGCUGUCUCGCUGGCAGAUCUCUCCUCUCAGACCCAGGACCUCCUCUCGCAGCUCAAUGCACACACGACGCGACUAUCCGCCAUCCUCACCCAGCUCACCGAUGACAUCCUACGAAGCGGGGCACGGUUAGCCUACGAGGUGGAAGUGCUACGUGGAGAAACAAUCAGCCUCACAGAGACGUUCACCACCGACCUCAAAGACGAUGUCGAAAAGUUUCUCCCCGGCGGAAUCAAGCUCCCUACAGAGCAGAAAGAUGAGGCCCUCAAGAGCCCAGCCCUACCAACAGAGCCAUCUCCCUCGCAACCACCCCAACCCCAAGACCCACCCCCAGACUCCACGCCCGAAUACAUCUCCGAUCUCCGCACCCUCACAACCGUGCGCACGCGCCUCGAAACCGUCAUCAAAGUCUUCGGCGAAGCCAUGCACUGGACCCUCCCUCCCUCCGAAAUCUCCCUCACAUCCUCCCUGAUCUCCGUGUCUGCGCCCGAGCCCGGCUCCGACAACGCCUCGCAGGAGCAGAAGGGUAAGGAAUUCGCCGCUGCGCUGCGGUCUGAGAUAGCAGAUUUAAUUACUGGUGAUCCAGAGGGUGGGAGGGAGAAAGCGGAGGUCAGGAUACAGGCGCUGAGGGACUUGGCGCAGGUGUGGAAGGGCACAGCGGAGGAGAAGGCGAGGGGCAAGUUUGUAGAGGGAUUGGUUAGGGUGGCGGAGGAUAAGCUGAGGGAGAUUGAGAAGGAGAGGGAGAGGAACAAGAGGCCCGGGAGGAGUGGGAGUGUGAAGACGGCGCAGACGCCGGCGGUACCGCAGCAGAAAUCGGGAGGUGGGUUUCUGGAGAAUCUGCAGCGGAUUCGCGGAUUUGUGGAGUAG